CAACGCAAUCGAACCAGUCCCCACGCGAACAUGGCGGGAAACUUCAAGGUCCUGAUCGCCGGCGGCAGCCUGGUCGGCCUGACCCUGGCCAUCAGUCUGGAGCACGCGGGAAUCGAUUACGAGCUCUUCGAGAAAGGGGACUUCGCUCCCCAGCUGGGCGCCUCCAUAGGCUUCUACCCGCAAUCGAAUCAGCUGAUGGAUCAAUUGGGCGUCUGGUCUGAGAUUGAGAAAGUCGUGAUCCCCUUGCGGGCGCGAUAUCACUUCGACGAGAACGGAUACUGCAUGGAGGCAUCUAUUGCUUUGCAGUAUCUUCAGCACCUGAAAUAUCCGACCAUCUUCAUGGAACGCAGCGAGAUGCUGCGGAUCCUCCACGACCACAUCGCGGAUCCCAGGAAGCUCCACAGCCAGAGUCCCGUCGUUGCGUACGAAGAGACCCCUGGGGGUAUUGCAGUGACGACAGCCGAUGGCCAGAGGUUCCAGGGGAGUAUUUUGGUUGGAGCCGAUGGAAUUCAUAGCCGCGUCCGGCAGCUCAUGGCCGAUAAGAUCCGUCCCACAGACGUUGCUCUCGCAGAAGGCAUCGAGCAAUCAUUCACCAGUGAAUACAAGUGCCUCUUCGCGGUCUCGCGCAACGACCCCGCAGCCCCCUUCCUCCCCGACGGGACCGUCCACAACGUCUACCACCAGAACCACUCCGCGAUAACCGCUACAGGCGUUCCAGGCCUCGUCUUCUGGUUUCUCUUCGUCAAAGUCCCCAGCACGCGGACGCCCAACUGUCCCCGGUUCACCGAAGCCGACGCGGACGCCUUGGCUCACGAAUACGGCCACGUGGCGCCGGGGCCGGGCUACACCAUUCGGGACCUAUGGACCGCCCGCGUGAAGGGGUCUUUGGUCUCGCUGGAAGAAGGGAUCGUCUCGCAGUGGAGCCACGGCCGCGUCCUGCUGCUCGGCGAUGCGGCACACAAGGUCACCCCCAACGCCGGCUUCGGCGGCAAUCUCGCGCUUGAGGGCGUGGCGCAUCUCACCAAUGCCCUGGUCGCGUUACUGCAGGACUGCGGCCCCCGCACGGCCCCGGAAGUUGAGCAGCUUGGGGCUCUCUUUGCGGAGUUCGACCGGAGCCACCGUCCGCGCGCGACGGCGGUUCUGGGGUUGUCCGCGAAGAUCACGCGGUACGAGGCCCAGGAGACCGGGUUCCUGCGCUUCGCCGCCCGGUACUUGUCGCCUGUGAUUCCGGAUCGGUGGAAGGCUGCGCUAUUUGCGCGCUUUGCGUCCGGAGCACCGAGGUUGGAGUUUUUACCCGUCAAGACGGCGGCAGCGGCGGUGGCGACGGCCUAUGUUGGGAGAAGUGUUUGA